AUGGAAUCUGAUUUAUGUGAAACCGUUUACGAUUUUGAAAAUUAUUCUAACCGAAAUCCGCGAAAUUUCGCGCCAAUAAUUUCCGAAUACACUUCCAUCAAAGGUUUUAAUAGGUAUAAAAACGCAUUAAAACAUUUGAUACCAUUUAGAAAAAAAUCAAAAAAUAAAAAUUUUUUAAAAAUUGAUGACUCUGGAUUUUUCUCAUUGUUAACUUUUUCAUGGAUGUCAAAUUUCGUUUAUAAAGCUUAUAAAAAAGGUUUAACAAUCGACGACAUACCUUUUGGCUCUCCUUUGGAUUCUUGUGAUUUAAAUGCUCAAAGACUCGAAUUAAUUUGGCAAAAUGAAUUAUCUGAAAAAGGUCCAAUCGAAGCUUCAUUCGGGAAAGCUGUUUGGAAAUUUGUUCGAACAAGAGUUUUAAUUUGUUGUGUAACAUUUUCUAUUAGCUGCAUUAUGGGAUUUUUAAGUCCUACGAUAUUUAUGAGAAAAUUAUUGGAGUAUUUGGAUGAUGAGGAAGAAGGAUUAACAAAUGGUUUGAUGUGGGCUUUGGCAUUAACAAGCGCUGAAAUAUUAAGAACAAUGUUUUUCGCUCUUUACUACAGUUUAAGUUACAGAACAGCUGUUCGAUUAAGAUCUGCUUGUUUGACAAUGAUAUAUAGAAAAGUAUUAAGGCUUAAUUCUAAUAGAAAUAUGUCAGCUGGAGAGAUAAUUAAUUUAUUUAGUUUCGAUGGACCAAGAUUAUAUUACAUGAUAGUAUUUGGACCGAUGGCAAUUGGUGGCCCAAUCAUUUCAAUAUUUGGAUUUUUUUAUAUAUAUCAUGUAUUAGGCUCUUGGGCACUUUUAGGAAUGAUAAUAUUUGCAUCAUAUUAUCCUUUGCAAUAUUUGCUUUCUCAUUUGACCGGAUACUACAGAUUAAAGGCGGUUACAAAUUCGGAUAAGAGAAUAAAACUUGUUACAGAAAUACUCACAAGUAUAAAAUUGAUUAAAAUGUAUGCAUGGGAAAAUUGGUUUGCAUCUCAGGUUCACGAUAUAAGAAAAAAAGAAUUGAAAGAAAUUGAAAAAAUAGCUUAUUGUCAAAGUGUUGGAAUAUCACUUGCACCCACCGUACCUGUUAUAUCCGGUAUAACGACAUUUUUAAUACACGUCAUAACCGGUGGAAAUUUAACGGCCGCACAGGCAUUUUCGGUAUUGGUUUUUAUGACGAAACAAAUGAAGACAUCAAUACAAGUGAUUAGAGAUGGAGGUUUAGCCUUUUACGAAGGAUUCAUAUCCGUACAAAGGUUCAAGGAAGUUCUCGUUUUGGAAGAAAAUUUUGCAAAAAUAUCCCCACCAUCGGAUGAUGGGAUUGCUCUGUCGAUAAGGGAUGGUUUUUACCGUUGGGACAACGUAUUUUUAGAUUCUGAACAUUUAAAAAAUAAGAAAAAACCAAAAAAGGGUGAUAAAGUUAAAAUAACGGAAAGGGAAACCGAUGAAAGUAGUCGUCGAGUUUUAAAUAACAUUAAUUUCACCGUUGCUAAGGGUUCGUUGGUGGGAGUUUGCGGAUCCGUGGGUUCUGGUAAAUCAUCCCUUCUUCUCGCUUGUUUGGGACAAUUGAAAAUGAUUUCCGGUAAAAUAUCAAGGCGUGGAAAUUGUGCUUACGUGAGUCAGCAAUCGUGGGUGGAAAGUGUCAGUUUAAAAGAAAAUAUUUUAUUUGGAGAAAAAUACGAAUCGAAAAAGUAUUCGAACGUGUUGAACGCUUGCGUUUUAAACAAGGAUAUAAAUUUAUUACCCGAUGGCGACGAAACGGAAAUAGAAGAACGCGGUGCUAAUUUAUCCGGUGGACAAAAGCAAAGGAUUUCACUUGCUCGAGCUUUAUAUUCCGACAGGGAUAUUUAUUUACUGGAUGAUCCUUUGAGCGCCGUGGAUCCAUCGGUCGCAUCGCAAAUAUUUGAAAAAUACGUUCUGGAAAAUUUGAAAGACAAAACGGUCGUUUUAGUCACGCGACAAAUACAAUUUUUGCAAAAGUGCGACGAAAUCGUCGUUUUGAAAGGUGGAACGAUUGUGGAAAGGGGUAGUUACGACGAACUCGUCGAAAAGGGUGAAAAUUUUACCCAAAUAAUGCUGUCGGGAUCGUUGAUUUCUCCGAGAAAAAAGCACGAAAUAAUGAAAAAUCAAGAUGACGCUCGUGAAAAAUCGGAAAAUGAUGAUAAAAUCCAAAGUGGUAAAACAAGAGGGAAAAAAUUACAACAACAAACGGAAGGAGGAGAAGAACAAAUUCGUGGUACGAUAAAAGCAACAGCAUAUCACGCAUACAUAUCCGCCGCGGGGGGUUACGUCGUUUGCCUUUUGGUUUUUUUAAUUAUUCUACUCAAUGUCGGAAGUAACGUUUUUAGUUCUUGGUGGUUGGCAAUGUGGAUAAAAGCCGGAAGUGGAAACACGACGAUCACGGAUCCGUCAACAAACGAAACAAUCAUAAGCAAAAACAUAAACGAUAAUCCGGAUCUUUAUUUUUACAUGAAAACCUACGCGUCCAUAAUCGGACUCAUAGUGUUGACUUGCAUCGCGAGAGGAUUCGUUUAUAUAAAAAUAACGAUUCGAGCAUCGGAUGUUUUACACCGGAAACUAUUUCAAAAAAUUCUACACAGUCCAAUGAGUUAUUUCGAAAGGACGUCCAUUGGGAUAAUACAAAAUUUAUUUUCAAAAGACAUGGAUGAAAUCGAUUCGAGAUUGCCGGAAUCAAUGGAAACAAUGUUGCAAAAUAUUUGGUCCGUCGCAUUUUCUUUUUUAUCAAUCACGCUUGUUUUCCCGUGGUUUGUUUUUCCAUUGAUCGUAUUAACUGGACUCUAUUAUUUCGUCAGUAAAAUAUUUAGGGUCGCCAUAAGAGAUCUUAAAAGAAUGGAAAACAUAUCGAGAGCACCGGUUUUCAGUUCCAUAUCAGCCACCGUACAGGGUUUGUCGGUUAUUCACGCAUUCAAUAAAGAAUCGAAUUAUUUAAAAGAGUUUUGUAAAUUGUUCGAUCACAAUUCGACCGUUUUUUUUUUAUCAAACAACGCCAUGAGAUGGAUAGCAGUGAGAUUGGAUUUUAUAUCAGUUCUGAUAAGUUUCAUAACGUCUUUUUUGGUGGCUUUACUCAAAGGAGAAGUUGCUCCAGCAUAUGCUGGUUUGGCUCUCACGUAUGCCGCACAAAUCUGUGGAGUUUUCCAGUACACGAUACGAUUGAUAUCGGAAAAUGAGGCUCGUUUUAUAUCCGUCGAAAGAAUACAAAACGCCAUCGAUAAAUUAAAGGACGAAGAAAAUUCAUCGUGUAAAAUAAACGUGGAAUCAGAUUGGCCAUCGAAAGGUUUGAUAGAAUUUAAAAAUGUUAAAUUAAAUUACGGUACGAAUUUACCGGAUGUUCUUCACGAUAUUUCGUUUGUUUUAUCCGGUGGUGAAAAAAUCGGAAUCGUGGGAAGAACGGGAGCGGGAAAAAGUUCACUGGUAUCCGCAUUGUUUCGACUCGUCGAAUUAUCUUCCGGUAAUAUUUUCAUUGACGGAAUAGACAUUUCGAAAAUAUCGUUAUUCACACUGAGAAGUAGAUUGUCGGUCAUCCCUCAGGAUCCCGUACUUUUUUCCGGAAGUUUAAGAGCGAAUUUAGAUCCUUUGGGACAAUACGACGAUGAGAAAAUAUUCGGGAUAUUAAAUAAAACGAGACUUUCGACGAAAAUCAAAUCGAUGACGAAUAAAUUAUCGACGUACGUCGAAGAUGGCGAAGGUCUUUCACUGGGUGAAAAACAAUUGGUGUGUCUUGCACGUGUACUUCUUCGUGGUUCUAAAAUCGUGGUUUUAGACGAAGCGACGGCAUCGAUAGAUCCGGAAACGGAAACGGCCGUGCAAAAUGCAAUGCAAGAAGAAUUUAAAAAUUGCACUGUGUUGAUAAUAGCACACAGAUUGUCGACCGUUACAAAUUGCGAUAGAAUUCUCGUCAUCGAACGUGGAACGAUAAUAGAAUUCGAUAAUCCGAAAUUAUUAAUGAAAAAUUCAAAUUCACAUUUUUCAAAAAUGCUGGCGGAUUCAUCCGAUUAUUAUCAAUGA